AUGAGAUGCUCUGCUGAUAUAAACGUCGCCGUGUCAACACCGCGGAAGGGCCACACCACCGAGAGGUCAAAGAGCGAUCGGCCGGGACUCGGCGAGGUUUGCACUGAUGCACCUGCAGGUCUCGCACAAUGGAUCGAUGGUCGGGCGCUACUGACCGUGGUGACGGGGCUGAUCGCGCGGCGGUGGCCAGGCGGGCAGGUCACGCAGGCGCAUGGAGCAGUCGAGCGGCUGAUCGCGCAGAGCCAGCGCGGGCAUGGCGCGGCCGCGGCCGCCGGUCGUGGGUCGCGCCGUGUCGAGUGCGAGCGUCCGCCCACUAAGCGCGUCCGUGAGACACUGCCGUGCCAGCGAGGCUUUUUUCCGACGGAUUUUUUAGGCGGGGGCGGGGCGCGGCACACGUCCAAUGGCGGCGCGCGCCCACCGCCGCCCCGCGACUGCCCGCCACCCCCUCUACGUCUCUACUCUUAUUUACGUGCCGUAUAUUAA